GAGAGCUAUUGCAAUCACGUAAUCUGUUGUUCAUUCAGUUAUAUUCUAUUUAUUGCUAUAAAAAUGAUAAAAAUCUUGGGUCACGUACAAAUUGCAUUAGCUCCCAUUUGAUGAAAUAUUUUGUACUUAAACAUUUACGAAACAACAUCAUUUGGCAGCUGAACUUCUAGAAUGCUUGACGACUUUGGUUGCAUAGACUCUUUAUUUUCCAAUAACUUUCAAAACUGCUUUAAAGCGCUAAUUGCGUUUGAAAAUCUAUGCUGCAGAUAAUAUUUUAUAGAUUUUAGAAGGUAAUCUUUUUUAUUGCCAUUGGCUUUCAUUUGUUAGUAAACUAAAAUUUAUUAGUAUACAUUUUCAGUCACCGAGACCAUAUUUAUUAUUACCAGAGCUACUUACUACUGCUAUAUUAUUUUCUUGCCUCUUCUGAACAAACUUGUGUUAUAUAGUCCUAGAUAUCGGCGGUGGAUAUCGAUUUUCAUAGAUUUUAUAAUGGAUUUUGAACUCCAUCAACUAUUUUAUAUUCGUCGGGAUUCUACUUUUGAUACAUUUGGCCGUAAUAACCAAGAUCAAUUGAUAGAUCUUCAUAUGGGGUAAUUUAGAGUGUCAUAAUGAGACUCAAACACCUUCAUAUUGACCGAUUCUCAACAUAGUGUUUUGAAGGUAAAAAAAUGUCAGUAUUUCCCAGUAUUCCUUUAUAACUUGGUGGUCACACAUUUUAUAUCUGUUCUUUGAGCAUUUACCCUAGGGCCAAGAGGGCGAAAACCCGACCAAACCCUAAGAGGCACUGGGCGCUGAAUCCUAAAAUACGCUACUGUCUCAGGCUUCAGGACAAGAUGAACAAAUUUUUGUUGAAUGCAUUUCCGGUAGUGUAUGUGUAUAAUGUCUGGAAUGUAUGUCUUCAACAUAAUUUUCUGUUUGAUCCAAAGGUUGUUAUUGCAACAAUUUUCUAAAAAUAUUGUAGAAUGAUAGCAUAGUCAUUCCUGUCAUUGCAACCAAAACCCAACCAAGCAUUUUGUAAGAGGCUAAAACUGUGCCAUGUGUUAUUUCUUCUAUAUGCUAUGGCCACUUGUUUCAGGAGUAAUGCAGGCCACAUUGUGUGGGGGUGAAAAACUGGAAAAGAGGUACAGUCCUAGCUUCAGAGAAGAAUACAGUAGCAAAGUGAAGACGGACCGAAAGCGGAAGAGAAACGAAGAAGUAUUUAAGAUGCGAGUCCAUCACACGGGCAACCCAAAGGACGUCCUGAAGAGCAUCUCGCAAGCGGACAACACCAACAAGCAGUACUUCCUGAUGCUGGAAAACAUCACAUCCCACUACAAGCACCCGUGCAUUUUGGACCUGAAGAUGGGCACCAGACAGCACGGAGAUGACGCAUCUGCCGACAAGAGGAGGAAACAAAUGGCCAAAUGCGCAGCUAGCACUUCGGCAUCACUCGGUGUUAGAUUAUGCGGUAUGCAGGUGUACGAAGUAGAGAGAGACGUUUAUUACAAAAAGGACAAGUAUUGGGGUCGAGAAUUGAACGAAAACGGCUUCAAGAAUGCCUUAUGUAGAUUUUUUGACAAUGGUUAUGGACUUAGAGUGAAUGUGAUUCGCAGAGUUAUCAAGAAACUAGAAGAACUGCGGAGAAUUGUUGAGAAGCAGAGUUGUUACAGAUUCUAUUCUUGUUCUCUAUUAAUAGUUUACGAAGGCAAUGUGGAAGUUCCCCAGAUAUCGAUAUCCUCUCCUCAACCUAAAAAGCCCCCACUCUAUUUUGACUUAGGAUCUCAGUCAGCCUCAUCAGAAGUUCACUACUGCUAUGACGCUGACACCUCCAAUUCAUCAGCGGAGCUUAACUGCCCGGACGACACUCCUCAUGCCAACUCCACGUUCUACCCUAUAUCCGAAGAUACCGUAUUUCUGGACUCCCCUCCUCCCACAAACGUGGCCACCUCCAGUCCACUCUCUAUCGGCAGUUGGAUGAAUUACAGCAACAGUAGCAGUGAGGAGUACUCUUUGCCGGAGCAGCUCAACGUCUCCAGCUCUUCCAGUGAAGACACAUCGGAUUCGGAGCCGAGCGGUUCUCAACACGGUCGAAAGAGGGCUUGUGAGUUGCAGUUCACCAUGGAGGACGAGGAUGAUGACGAGUCGCUGCCUGGGUUCAAGAACGUUCCCAAAAAUUACAGAUUGACAGUACCUGGGUCAUCGUUCCUACAGUCCAAUUCGGAGAUCGAUGUAAGAAUAAUCGAUUUUGCUCACACGUCUUUUGCAAGAAAGAGUGAUCUCAAUUGCCAAGCUGUUCAUGAGGGACCUGAUGGCGGAUUUCUUACAGGAAUUGACAGUUUGAAGAGACUGCUGUCUGAGAUACUCGCGACUGUGGAACAGUGAAGGGCAAACAAUCAUGCAAUGAUGGAAAACUUCUUAGAACUCCGGUCCCAUUUUGCAAGACACUGAAGGUAAAACAACCUAGGUCUGGAAGGAACACCCUAAGGAUUCGAACAACAGAACUACGAACAUCUCAUUAUAAUGUUGCUAAAAUAACAUAGCACACUGAUGCAGUUUAUUGUUUCUAAGUUUUAUGAAUCCAAAAUUCAUAGAUAUGAAUAAUAGAAAUGCAAUCUUGGAUUUGCUGCACCAUUUGUAUAGCAUUAAAUUUUGGUUUCAAAUAAAUUAGCGUAACUUUUUUCUAGUCUGGAGGCAUGAUAAUGAAUUGGUCAAUUCAUCAUCAAAGUUUUUGGUCACGUACCUAUCACUGGCCUGCGUAUUCUGUAUUCUGUAACAUUCAAGAGGCAAGGCUGUUACAGAUGCUUUAAUAGAAGAAAUGUCUUCGAUAUUAAAAUACCUUGCGAGAUAUUGACAUUGGAAGAACAUGUGCCAAGCAUUUUGGCCACAUUUUCCGUAAUUUUUGUCACAAAUAUUGAUUGAUUUGACGUAUUGGCGCUACAAUCAUACACUUAUUCAAUCUGUCGAAAGUAUAUGGAAUAGACUUCACUAAUUGAUGACAUAUUCGUAUACUUAGAAAGAAGUUUUAAAUAUGUCUUCCAACAGUUUGAAGACUCUUACUCGUACACCCAAAUAGUUCACAUUCUUAAUAAGUUUUAAAAAAUAAUCAGUUUACAACAAGCUCAGUAUUUAUAAUAAUCAAAUAUCCUAGAAAUGACAUCAGUUCACUUUCGGUAUCUUAAAUUACUCCUAUUUUUUUACUCAUCGUAUUAUAAAGGCAAAUCCCUGAAAUAUUUUUCUAUUCAUUCAAUCAGUUUUGUCUGCUACUUUGUUAUGGAUCCAGCAGAGGGUUUCACAAAUACCGAUAUGUAAACGUCAACUUUAUUUCUGACAUUUAUCAGACAUUAACGUUUUGUUCUCCCCAACAAUGAUGUUCUGGUUGACUGAAACGGUCAUUUACAGCAUACAAAAUGAGUCCAUUAUGUAACGAGGAAUAAAUUCAUUGUACGAAAGAAUAAAUUGACUUAAUGUCAAAUUAGGUAAUCGCUAAUGUUUACGUAUGCAGUAUUUUUGCUCGUCAAAACUCUCUAAUAUCAUUGAAGUUGAUGUCACUUGCGUUUUCCAAUUCCCUUUCAUUUUUUUUUGUGGUGACAGUAAGUGAAUUAUCAUAUAAUAAUCACUAACAGUAGAAAACUAUCCUCCAAGCUCAUUAUAUACCGGAAUAUAUUCGAACAGAUUGCUGAAUUUUUGUAACUAAUUCAGGAAAUGAAAAACGGUAUUUCCAGUUUAGAGGUUCCACUCGUUGGCCGCCAUCUAAGGAACAACAUAUGUUAUUUUCAGCAUUCUACCAUACUGAAACACCGCAAGAACUGAAACAAUCACAUUUUUGUUUGAACACAAGAGAAUGUCCAUAACAGUCCCAUCUUUUUGAUUUGACAUAUAACUUUACAGUAGUUGAUACUCAGUGUAAGUCUCUACUUUGAACAGUUUGUUGGUCUUUUGAUUUUAACCCUAAUGGAUUUAUUGAAAUGACGAGCUAAAAGGUAUAGUAUUGUAGCAAAUGGGUAAGAAGAAGGCAUAUGGCAGAAACAUAUUUUUUUAGAGCAGUGAAGAUACAUUUCGGGAAUAGACAUAUUUAUUUUUUAUGAAUUAUGAAUAUAUUAUGAAUUUAUGAAAACUUAACGUAACAUGGACUUACUUACGUUUAAGCCUGCAUGAAUUAAGCAUAUUUCUUUUUACUUCGAAAAGAACAGAUCCUGUUAUGGUUCUUUUAUGUAACAAAGGGUAACUUUUUCAAUGCGAAAAGUAUACAGCAAUAUUUUACCUGAAGAACUUCAUUGUAUUUGUUUAUUAGUCUUAAUGUAUUGGGCAUUGCACUUGUCAAAUAGUGUUCGUAAACUUUCUUUUUUAGUCUUCCAUAGACCACUAAGCAGCUAAUCACCUAUAUUCUUUCGAACUAAUCAGAGUCAUAGAGAUGAUCCAUGGUACAGAGGUUCUGUGAUUUGCCAAUUAACAGAGGUUUCGCUAGCCACGGAUGGUGGUGUGCUUUCUCGAACCCUUUGUUGACUGGUAAUCCAGAUAAGAAUUGCUUAUUCCGAAUCCGAUUUUAUAUAUAAGAAAUUAUCAUCCAUAUCAUUUUGAUUGUUCAAAAAAAUACAGCUAUUGUUAUCGGAUCCCAAAAUUCACACCUUGUAUAAGGUAAAAAAUACGCGUGUACUUAUUUUGAUCAUCAAAAUAUAGGAACACGGUAAUUCUGAAUGAAUGCAAAUUAGCUACAAAAUUUCACUCCUAAUGUACCUAAAAUAAUACAUGACACCACGAACGAAGAUGGCUGGAAGUAUAAUAUAGUUUAUCCAACAGACACUUCAUCAACUAGGGGGAGAUAACUUCUUGGCAGACACAUAUUUUUCAAAAAUUUAAUACACUUUUUGAGAAUACUAAUACAUAUAUUUAGACGUAAAGCUGUGUAAAACCUGCCAAUUUGUAAAUAGUAUGAGGAAAUUUGAUUUAUUUAUUUCUUUAUACUUCCAAAAUAACAGUAUUUUUCUUUAGUUCCCAUAUGCAACAAGAAAGGCAAAACUACCUCUUCUGUGAAUCGGAAAAUUUUAUUAAAAAUCAUAUAUUCCAUUCAUUAUAUGGAUUUAUCAUGCAAAAAUAAAUUCAAUAAGAUACUAUACUAAGUGACAUAUAAAUCCGAACACCCAGUUUAAAUGGUUUUAUUUUAAUAAAAGUUGGUGAAUGUAUUUAUCUUACUGUAAAUAACAAGUGAAAAAAUGUUCAGCCUUAUCAGUUGGACAUUCCGGUUUUUAUACUGCUUUCUAAUUCACUAACGCUCUAAAAAUGAAUAUUUCAGCCGCAGUAAAGAAUCAACGUUGGCGGAUUUUGGUUCUUGACAUCCUUUACGAUCGGUUACGAUGCCUAGAGUACGGAGACCUGUACGAUUUCGUCAACUUAGUGAGUUUGAUAGGGGCCGUAUAGUGGGACUUCGGGAAGCUGGACUUUCUUUUCGGGCAAUUGAAGUUAGAGUGCAAAGAAGUGUAGACACUGUGGUUAGGUGUUGUCAGGCAUGGCUUCGAGAAGGCCGUACGCAAAGAGCAAGGGGCACUGGACGCCGCCGUAGAACAACAGACCGUGAAGAUCGCCGCCUAAGAUUAUUGGCCUUAAGGGACCGUUUCUCCACUACCAGGUCCAUUUUGGCUUGUUUUCAUACCGGCCACACUGGGUCCUCCCUUUAACUCGAGAACACCGACGUAAUCGCCUUGAGUGGUGCAGACAACGGUUACUCUGGGAUCAGGAAUGGAACAGUAUUGUCUUUAGUGACGAGUCUCGAUUUUGUUUAGGCAUGCACGAUAGUCGUGCCAGGGUUAGAAGGCGACGUGGUGAAAGGAGGAAUCCACAGUUUUUUGUUGAAAGACAUGUUCAUCACACAGUUGGAGUUAUGGUUUGGGUCACCUUUAAUCUUCAUCAGAGGUAACAUGAACGCGCAGCGUUAUAUCCACGAAGUUCUAGAACCCCAUCUUUUACCCUAUCUUGACACCCUGGCAGAUCCAACUUUCCAACAAGAUAAUGUCCGACCACAUGUUGCAAGAGUCACAAUAGACUUCUUUCAACAUAAUGAUGUCACAUUGUUACCAUGGCCACCAAGAUCUCCCGACUUAUCCCCUAUUGAGCACGUGUGGGAUAUGAUGGGUAGGAGAUUGCUCAAUUUGCAACGUCCUCCUCAGACUCUAGAAGCACUUCGAGAGGAGUUGGUGGUUGCCUGGAAUGAAAUACCACAGGAGGACAUUGACCACCUGAUCAGAAGCAUGCCUAGGCGCAUUGGAGAAUGCGUAGCACAUCAGGGUGCAUCCACACAUUAUUAAAGGUCAAAGGGCUUUAAAGCAGUGCAAUCAUUUUGAAAUUUUUAUCAUUUACUUAUUAUGCUUCAUUAAGUACUUAUACAAAAUUUUAUUGAAAUAAAACCAUUUAAACUAGGUGUUCGGAUUUAUAUGUCACUUAGUAUAUUUUCGUGCACUCCGAUUCAUAUUCAUUGAUUCAUUGACUUUAUUACUGCAUUUAUGUUAUAUUUAAGAAAAUAUUAGAAAAUAGUGUAUUUGAUUUAGAUUUAAAAUCUGUGAUUUUUGUACAACUUUUACUGCAAGAAUGUAUGAUUUCUAGACACAUUCCAAAAUUUGUGGAUAACUUUAAAUAAUUUGACAUCUGCUUAUAUAAUGUUGCGAUAUGAAAAUUUUAUAUUGACUUGGGUCAUGUACUGUUUAUUCAGUUACUUGGGUAUAUAUGAAUUAGCAGUUUAUAUAAAAUUAUGAAUCUAUCACAUCAAGCUCAUUGGUAGCUGAUCUACAUUUUUUGAAUAAGACUUUACUGACGUUCCGAAGACUUGGAGGCAAACUGUCAAGAAAACGAAACGCCAGAAAAAAGUUGUGUUUUCCGUGAUUUUGCCGUGUUACAUUGAAGUAUCGGCUACAUGAUGUUUCAUAGGUUUCAUUGACUGUGAAUUUUUGAUAUUAAGAUGUUGCAAAAGGAAUGAGAUUUAAAAAAUGAGCGCACAAAUCCAAUCAAUUUUCACUGUCAUCCGUAGCAACUAUUUUAGUAAAUCUAAGAGAUAAUCAAAAAUUCCAUCUGUGAAAAUGUUUUAAUCAAUAGAAUAAUUUUAAAUUAUAGUUAUAGACUUUUUCGUUCUCAAUCAUUUUCUAGCUAUUCACAAUGAGGAUAGUAUUUACCUUACAUGAAUCACCUUCCAUACUUAUAAAAUUUCAGCCAUUUAGUUGAAACAAAUUUUAG